ACCGCUGUAUCUGAAAUGCAGUAAGUCGAUUUAGGUUGAUCCGUGUAAAUUUAAAUUUAAUGUAAUGUAACGAAACCGAGCUACUGAUGAUUCAUCGUGAAUGGCUGCUUGUACUUAAUUCGGAUAUACAUUGUUUCGACAAAGUUCUGGAUUCAUGCAAGUAAUUUUAAAACAACCAAUCAUGAUAAGCCGGACAAAUUUGAAGCAACAGCUCAUGCGAGAGCAGAUGCAGCAGUUGGAGAAAAAAGAACGAGAACAACUGUCAAGCUCUGUUCCUACACACACAUCUAGUGCAAUCAGAGUUCCAUUGUAUGGAGCACCUAUGCCUGUUCAAGUUCCUAAACAAGUCUUGAUGGUCAAAAGUAAAUUAGAAAAUCCAACACCUUACCAUGUUCGGGAAAGCCAACAGCGUCAGGUCAGGGAAUAUUUGUCACAGUCUCACCAUGGUUACCGAACUACCAGUUUACCAACCUCUCCCCCAGUCGUAAACAGUGUAGAUCCUAGCCCUACAAGUGACUUUUCUGCUGCACUGAGCAGCACAGCCGCCAGUCCAGGUGAAUUGGAAGAAUUCUGGCAGGACUUCCAGAAUUUCAAUUCUUGUACAGAUUCAGUUGCAGACAAUCUUCUAGAUCCUAGUCUUACAGGACCAAUAACAACUUCUGUGGAUGAAGCAAUUUUAGAAGUAUUAUCCAGGACACUGGAACCAGUUUCUACAUCAUGUCCAGCUGGGUUGGCUAAUGAAACUGAAAUUGGAGAAGUGUUGACUGAAGAGAAAGUUCAGGCAUUUCAGAAAGACAGACAAAAGAAAGAUAAUCACAACAGAAUUGAAAGAAGGAGAAGGUUCAAUAUAAAUGACAGAAUUAAAGAAUUGGGUACUUUACUUCCAAGAAGCAAUGAUCCGUAUUAUGACUUGGUUAAAGAUCUUCGUCAAAAUAAGGGCACCAUUCUGAAAGCAUCAGUUGACUAUGUACGGUGUCUUAAGAAAGAAGUACAAAAAAUUCCAGAUUUGGAACUUCGCUGUCGAAUGGUUGAUCAAUUUAAUAAGAGACUUCUGUUACGAAUACAGGAACUGGAACUGCAGUUGAAAGCAAAUAACAUCCCUGUCAGUGAGUCUACAUGGAUUCCAUCUUCAGAAGCAGAAUUAAAUGCCAUAAUAAAGCAAGAAGUCAUUCCAAGUCCACCUCUUUCAAACAGCUCUCACAAUGAAAAAUAUUUUCCAAAUGGUCAGUCACGAAUGACUCCUGUGCAAGAACACUAUAAUGAAUAUCAACAUCUUGAUCUCUCAUCUUUGCAGUUGCCGCAUAGUGAUCCAAAUGUCACACGUAAACGACUACCCAUCAUGCAAUUCCUUGUCAAGAAAGAGUCACAGUCACAAGCAGUCUCUUCCUCUUCGUGUAGUCAAAGCCCAGCAACAUGCUGUGCUAGUCCUGCUACAUCGUACAGUCCUUUUGAUGACCUCAUGAUGGAGGAUGAGCAGCCCGUCACUGGUGAUCCAAUGUUAUCAUCACGGGAAACAUUUACACCAGAAAACAUGGAUUUUAUGUCAUAAUAUCCAGAAACUUAAAAAGAAAAUUUUAAAAAGUCUCAUUUCACCAGUUAAGUGAAAUAUAUAUGGGAAAUAUUUCACAAAAUGCUUGAAUGUGUACAUGACUAAGCAUCAAGCUGUUUGAAUAACCCUCAUGAUUUUAUGGUCAGUUUUGUCUAAGUCUUCUGUUUUUUUUUUUUUUUUUUUUGGUGCCAUUAGAAGUUGCCUUUUCUCAAGCUCAUGUGCAUAUCUCUCGUGGACACUUGUUAAUAAUGAACUGUUAAUAUCUUGUUUUGCAAAAUGCAAAAUUUUGAUUAUGGGUGUUUAUAAAUCUUAAAAUAUUUCAGCAUUCUUUCAUCUAGUUAUUUUAAGACAGUUUUAAAAUCUAUUUUCCUGUAGUAGUGAUAAAGACAAACCUUUAGUUGUAAAUAUAAAUAUUCAUUUUAUGUUCUUUUGAAGUUAACUUUCAUCAUUAAAUGUGAAAUUUUGAAACUUAAUAACUAAACAAGUGCUGCAGAAUAUUUCCCUGUAGUUAGAACAGAUUGUACUGUUCCGAAUGAGAACUAAAUUUACUUAAUUCACUUAUAACAAUAUAAAAUAUUCAUAGAUACAGAGUUUUCAUCUGCAAUUGAGGCUUCCUUCUUUUAAAUGUUGCAGUAUGUGUUUUUAAAGCUUUCAGUGAUUGCAAGAUUAAGCAAUUCUUCUUCCCAAACAUGCGCAAUAUCACUUAGCCCUAAGUCUUAUUGCGAGCUGUGUUCGUUUGCAUACACGUCAGUUUGUAACUAAAACGAGAGUUCAGCUCAUUGAUGACUAUUAGAAGGUUAAUUAAAUGAAAGGAAAUAUGUUGUUUGUUCAUGAAUCUACUGUGUACAAAAAGCAUGUUGAGGACGUACUACUGAUGACAGUCGCAUUAAUUGUAGGAUCAGUAUUAAAUGGGAAAACAGAGCUUCCUGCAGUAUCUUGUUCUAGGAAUGUAGAAACACCAAGUUUCCAUUUUCCAUGGGGGUAUUAAAAACUGAGUAUGACAGUGAUUUACCAAUUCCUCUCUCUCCCAAAAAAUUGCUAAAAAUUUAGUAUUUUUAAAUAUUUCUGUAUUGUUAAUAUUCGAUAGCAAUCUACAAAUAAGUGUACAUAGAUCGUCAAAUUGUCUUUCCUCAAUUAAUUUAUAUUUAAUUAACUAAAGACAAAAUUUUAAAUCUUCGCUCAUUUUAUGUGUACAUGUAGUGAGAAAUUAUAUAUUUAUUUUAAUUGAAAUGUUUCCUAUUGGCUAUACAUAUACAAAAUUGGGUUGCUAAACAUUCCAGGAAUGUUUACGUCAUCUAUAUUCAUAUUUUUGUUAUUAAAGUCUGUGAAAUGGUGAAUCUUAUGUAGCCAUUAUUCACAACAGAUAAAAUGUUUUAAUAUGUUUGAUUUUACUGAUUACUGUACCAUUAUGUAUAUAUGACUUCAUAUGUUAUAAAUUUAACAUAUUGUACAUUUAUGCCUAGGGUUGUUCAUAAUACAUGUAACAUUUAAAGAAUUCAUAGCAAAUAAACUUUACAACUCAUACUGAAUUUACACUAAAAUAAAGGCAGUGUUUUUGCAUGUUUCACAACUGCACAGUAUGUUCACAUUUGCUGAUACAAAGAACGGUGAAUGGUAAACAUUUUGUCCCACAUAUCUGCCAGUGUAUCAAAGAGACCUAACACAUCAGUAGAUAUUUGUGACAAUCUUGAAUAUUAGUGGGGAAUAGGAACAAAAUGUGUAUGCUUGACAAAUCCCACCAGAAGUUUUCUUCUAAAUUCGGAAGACAAGUGUGGCAGAAAUGCUGGAAGAAAGAUGCUGCUCAAGCUGUGUAUCCAUAGCAGAUUUUGUAAAGUACUUAAGUAAAUGAUUUCAACAAUGGUCCGGUAUUAGUGAGGGUCUGUCUUGUUGAAAGAGAAAAUCAUUAUUGUUUUGACAUUUAACCAUCUUUCUGGUGUAUCAAAGUUAUCCUUUCAGUGAUACAUGGUUAUCUGCUAUAUCAGCAAAGAUGAACACAUUGAGCAUUUGUUGAAUGUGUUUAAGGAAAAGUGAAACUUAGCAAGUUUAUCUGUCUUUCAGUGUAAAAAAAUUUAUUGUCAGCUGCAUAUUUUGUUAUAAAUUUAAAAAAUAUUUUGCAGAAUUAUGAAUAACCCUGUUUAAAACAGACACACAAAAGGCUUAAUAAAUGUUAAGCUGUUUAGUACAGUGCCUUUGGAAAGUUAUUAUUGUCCUCACAUUUAUUUAAGAAUGUAAGUAAAUGUUGAGAACAGAUUAGGAAUUUUAAACUAUUUUAUUGUAUAAUAUUUAAUUUUUGGGUAAAAUAACCAAAAGUUUUAUUUGCAUAAGUUACCUGACUCGUCUGUAAAAGAGAAUGUGUAGUAAGAUAUAUUUUAUGCAAAUUUUUGAACAUGGAAAAAAAUUAUGCAUGUAUGAAUUAUUAAUUGCUAGAUAUUUUUUAUGAAAUCUUACAUAUUUGAUUCGAUAUAAGUAUCCUUAUAUCAUAUUGUGUAGUAUGUAUAUAGUUAUUUCUUGGUUUUCAUUUUAUUACAUCAAUGAUGAGUAUUUUGUGCCACAUGUUGCUAAUGUGGAAAUAUGGUUAUCUUCUGACUUUUUGUCAUAUCAGAAGUAUUUUGUGCCACAUAUUAUUGUUGUGGUCUUUUUCAUACAGUUUAACAUUGUUGUCAUGCCACGUUUUCUCGUGUUGCAUAGAGUGUUUGAUUGGCAGUGUAAUCUGAUUUGUGAAGCCGACUGGCUUCAGAAAUAUCAAGAUGGUUGUCUGGUUUUAUAGUAAAGUGUCCUUAACUGUAUUUGUUCCAAAUUUAGCCUUAUUUCCUUUGAUACCAUGUUUAUAAUAGAAAGUAAUAACUUUAAAAACACUAACUAAAUUUUGACUAAAAUUUGUUUCCACAAUAUUCUAAAGUUUCAGCCGAUAGUUAUUUGAAUUCCUUUUAUCUUAUAUAAGCUUUCAAUAGCCAGUCAUUUUAAUGUAAGAAAGCAGAAUGUUAUUUUCAUUUUGUUGUGAAAUGGCUGCUUUAAAUGAUAACUGAAGAGAAUAUAAAAUAAAACUCAUGCUGUUCUUGUA